AUGUUAAAAUUGAUCGCGAUUUUCAUCUUAGUACCAUGUGCAUUGGCAUUAUACGAUCCUACGCAGCUACCGGAUUAUCCUGUGUAUUACAACGCCUACAAUCAGCAAUGCAACAUUCCUGUGAAGUGUGAUAGUGAUACAAGAUGCCCCGAUGUAAACGAUUUUAAAGAUUUAGAAGAAUGGGCUCAGGAUGAAGCAUGCUUCAAAUUCGAAACCUACUCAGAAUACCAGCAGAAAUCAUGCUCUUUGAUCGAAGAAUGUGAAUACGAUUACAAUUUGUUUUUCACGAAGGCCCUGUCUGACGAGCAGGAGUUUGGCGUUAAAAAUACGAUGACCACCGAUAUUUUAUUACGCCAGUUGGCAUCUAAAGGGAAGUGCAAAGUUAGGAACUUGCUUGAAGGCCGGUGUGCUAAUUUCAGUCGGUCUCUAUCUCUGGAUGAGUGUCACCGUAACCUGGUACAUCGAUGUGAUACGACAUACCCAUACCGCUCGUAUGAUGGACACUGCAACAAUUUGAAAAACACUAACUGGGGUCAGGCUGGUAAUCCGUUCAAAAGCGAAAUAGCAACGUGCUUUGAUGAUUAUGUUUCUAAGCGUCGCUUGAGUUCUACGGGGCGUUGUCUUCCAAACCCGAGGGGCAUCAUAUACGACUUCCAAGAAAUCUACAAGGAUUUCAAACCCGACGAAGGGAACCUGUUCAACAUGUUCGGCUUGGUGUUUUUGGAACACGUCAACAAUGACAUUGUCGGAAGAACCCACAAACGAGUUCGUAAUGCUACAGCGGGUUUCCGCGGAUGUCAUGCUGAUGGAAGCGGUGUGUGUGACUCCAGAUCUCCUUUGACGUGCCCCUUAACGGUUCCGUGCAACGAUUCUUACUACGGGCCACUGCACGUUGAAUGCUUGAACUUCAGCCCCGUUGAGAACUCCAACGAUCAUUGCAGUGUGAGAUACCCUCUGAAGAGAAACACUGAAAGUAGUUACGUUGAUUUAUCGAUUGUUUAUGGAGACGGAAAUUAUGACAAAAACGGAAAACUAUUCACAUCAUAUUGCGAAUCGUCCACGGCUAUUGACCCCAACCACGUAAUUUCGGUGCAAUUUUUGGCCAUAUCAGGUUUAUUCUCACAGCUGCACAAUUACUGCGUUGAUAACAUGAGAGCUUGCGGUAAAUAUCAAACACAAGAAGAAAUAGUAGAAAAGUGUCGGUCACUGACAAUUGCCGUAUAUCAGCGUAUAUUGUAUGAGGAAGUACUGCCUGUGCUGUUCGGGGAUAUGUAUCCAAAAUGCAAUUUUGAUUGCAAAUAUGAUGCGAAUAUUGAAUCUACUGUGUCGCUAGCGUACGUAAACACUGCAGGACGUUUCCCACAUAUUUGGUUGCCUGAUAACCUUACAUUGGUACAAGGUGACACACGUGUACGGAAACCGUUCAAUACAUUCUUCCGUAAUUUCGGAGCAUAUGAUUGUACAUCUGUGCUUAAAGGAUUGCUCGAGGAUCCAAUUCAUACUGGAACAUUAGCGGACAUAGUUAUUAACACGUUCUUCUCAAAAGACAAUAAGAUGGGACAUUGCUUGAUGUGUCUUGAUUUGGAAAGAGGUCGAGAUGCUGGAUUGUGCCCAAUGCUUGUAUACAAACACUACUUUGAUAAAGUAGCAGGGCGUACACCAAAAUGCUAUAACACAUUUGAUGACUUAAGUGAUACGUUUGGUAGCGAUGCAAUUGGAGUUUUCAAGAAACAUUACGAAAGUCCACAAGAUCUCGACGCGCUUAUGUUAUUGUUUGAGCUUUUCGAAGCAGACACCACAAGUCUACUGCCAGCUACAGUAGCAACUGCAACGUGCUUACAAUACAAGCGACUCAAAGCCGGUGAUCGUUUCUUCUACACUUGGAAUGAAUUCUUAACCCCAGCACUGAAAGAGUUGAUCAAAUCGCUUGACAUGAAGACGCUCCUGGCUUUGUUUGGUGGAAUGGAUAAGGUGCCUGUCGACCCGUGGCAUUUCGAGUCUGACAAAGUUACAGCAAAAUCGCUGAAGGAUAAAUUUAAUCCCAAGGCUAAACUUUUCUGCAGUUGUUAGACAUUAUUAUUAUUUUAGUUGAUUAGAAGGCAUCGAAUUGAAUACAGGGAAUAUUUGAUCAUUGCUGAUUAUAUGUAAAAUAGU